AUGACUCGACCAACGAUGCGUUAUAUAGCACAAGCAUUCACCAUCUUGGCAAGCUUCUCAGGCCUUGUGGAGUCUGCAGAUGAAGCUCUAUGGCCGCUUCAAAGCUUCAAGAGCUCACCUAUCCAAGCUCCCUUUUUGAACGUCACCAAAAUGGACCAGACGGAGCCGGGGUAUCUCUUCUUCUCGCCGCAUGACAAACUCCGAGAGACCGGACACCCGGUGAUAUACUCAGAUGACGGCCAACUCGUAUGGCAAGGCAACCCAGGAAACUACUCAGCAGUCCAACCGCAGAUGCUGAAUGGGGAGCCCGUGAUAGCCUACUGGUCCGGAUAUUCAGGCGCAGGCUUUGGGUUUGGAGCGAUCACAAUCCUAAACAGCUCGUACGAUGAGAUCCACCGCGUAACGCUGGACUGCAAGAAAGAAGGAUUUGUGACUGUGUUUGACCCACUGGAAGUUGAUUCGUGUAUUGAUAUUCACGAAAGUCAGCUCACGGACAAUGGAACCAUCCUCGUGACGGCUGUCAAUGUCACACAGGCCGAUCUGAGCGCUAUUGGUGGUCCCAAGGAUGGCUGGGUGCAAGAUGCCCUUGUGUAUGAGAUCGAUCUGGUCACGAAUGACAUCCUCUUCCGCUGGAGUACCUACGAGAAUAAUCACCAGGUCGCUAUCACCAAUACCCGAGUACCUUUGGAAGGCGCUGGCGCAAACAAGUCGGACCCAUACGAAUACCCUCACCUCAACUCUGUUUACAAGUAUGGGGACUCAUACCUUGUUUCAUCACGAUUCAUGUGUAGUCUCUUCUUCAUUGAUUCCAGCGGUUUAGUCAAGUGGCACCUCCAUGGUCGGACCGGUGGUGAUUUCCAGCUAGGUCUCGGAACGAGUUUCUGCUACCAGCACGAUGCACGUUUCAUUUCACAAAGCGAAGAGCGAGUGACGAUCAGCCUGCAUAACAAUGAUAACACCGACUUCACGGGCCGCACAUCCCUGACAACGGGUCUUAUCAUAGACGUGGAGCUCCAAGGGUCGAGGCAAGUGACUUUGAAGAGUCGUAUGUGGGAUGCUGCUGAGCCGGUGUUCGCAGUGUCGCAGGGCAGCUACCAAUCACUUGGAAACGGACACAGCUUGCAGAAUCAUGGUGCGACUCCAAAGAUCGAGGAGUAUGACAAGGCCGGAGCUGUUGUGAUGCGUGCUCGCUUUGGCUACGACAACACUAUGCAGACAUAUCGCACAUAUCGUUUCCCAUGGGUUGGCCGGCCAUCCACCAAGCCCUCUGUCGUGGCUUGUUCUGAAAGUGACGGGAAGACGGUCGUUUACGUUAGUUGGAACGGGGCAAGUGACGUCCAGGCCUGGAAGGUCCGCUCCAAAACAGCGGGAGAAAAAACCGCUGUGCAUAAUGGAUUUGAGACAAGAAUUGUGGUGGAGGGUCUGGCCAACAGCGACUCAAUUGUAGUCGAGGCUCUUGGUGGCGUUGGCGAUGGAGUGGCUUCGGAUUCUAUCACGAUUGAACAGUGCUAG